AUGUCUGUGUUUAUAUCAGAAUACUUCAAAUGUAUUGCAAUUUACAUCAAGAAUAAGGAUGCAACAAUUUUGAACACCGUCAUAGGUUUAGGAACAGUGGUUGGUCAGACCGCAUAUAACAUCUUAGCUUUUAACUGUCCAUGUUCCCCGAAGAAGAAUUACCUGUAUGGUCUGGCAGCCAUUGGUGUACCAGCCCUGGCUUUCUUCGUCAUUGGAGUAAUGAUGAAUCAAAACACUUGGGACGUUGUGUCAGAGUGCCGCACAAGAAGAUGCAGGAAAUUAUCGCUGACUGCUGCGUUUGUUCUGUUGGGAUCUAUCGUGGGCAGAGCAAUUGCUGCCCCCAUCACAUGGACUGUGAUUUCGCUUCUAAGAGGGGAGGCGUAUGUGUGUGCUUUUAGUGAGUUCCUGAACUUCUCAUCCUUGGUCAAUUUCACUUCAGCUUCUCCUGGUCCAGAGAUCAUGGCCCGGUUUCCAUGUAACAGUACGCCUGUUUUGUUUAUAAACUACACAGGAGUUGUUCAACGCCAGCUGAAGUAUGAAUCCCAGCUGCUGGGAUGGUUGCUAGUGGGACUCAUCUCACUCUCUGUCUUUCUGGUUCUCUGCUUGAAAACCUGCUUCUCUCCUCUUGGCUAUCAUCAGGAGGCGUACUGGUCUGAAUACUGCGCCAGCGAACGAGCUCUUUUCCAGCGUACAGCUGAAGUACACGCUAAAUACCAUGCAGCUGAAAAUGUCAAGAGUUUCUUUGGGUUUGUGGCCUUGGAAAGUCAGGAGAAGCAGUUUUUUGCAGACUGCAAAGGCAUCAAGAGCAUCAUUCCCAGACUGGAGUGGAACCGCAUCACGGGUGUUUAUUUGUACAGAGAGGUCGAUGACGCUCCCUUGUACAGUCGCUUAAGCAAAUGGGCCAUGUACACAAAUGAGCAUGACUGUUAAGUAAUUGACAAAUUGCUGUUCAAUUAAUGUACAUUAAACACACCCAAAAACUCAUAUCUUUGGCAUGAAGGAACGCCCAUGAAAUUUGUGCCACAGACUAGAACACUUUUCUAGAACACUAGAACACUAGUAGAAUAAUUUUAAAAGUAUAAUAGCUAAAACAGGGAAUACAAUUAUUAAACUUUUUAAUUAAUAUACAUAAACUAAAUGUUAGCAUGCAAUCUGAUUUUAAUUUAAAAUCUUAUUAAAUAUUCAAUGCUGAAGUGUAACUUAUUACUGCAAUAAAAACUUAACCGCAACUAGAGAAGCAAAAAUACAAGACAGUGCCCUUAGGUAUGUUUUCCUUUGCAAUGAUGAUGGCUUAUGGAUCGAGAUCAAACUUGUCUGGUGUUUUAUUACUGUGCUACAACCUUCGAUAUUAGUAUGUUUUUAAUGAGGCAUGAGCCUACAUGUGUGGUCUUCCUCUGUCGAUGUUA